AUGGCUGGUAAAACUGUGAAGAAUGUUACAAGCUUGAAUGCCUUGGUGGACAAUGGAAGCAACACAAUUAUCUUCGUAGAGUCUGAUAACGAUUUUAUUGAUGUUCUCUUGAGUUUCUUGACAAUACCAAUGGGAACAAUUGUUAGCCGAGCCCGUAAACAUUCAGUACCGCUGGAAAUAGGUUGCACGAGCAAUUUGUAUGCCAGUGCUGUGAAUAUCGAUGUUCGGCAUUUCCAGACUGAAGCAUGUAAAGAGAUGUUGCUAUGUCCCCACAAUGGGGCUGAAUCUCAUUGCAAAAACCUCAAACUGAAAAUUGACAACGAUGGGCCGACGAGGUACUUUGUGUGUGAUAGUUGGCAAUGCAACUUCGAAAUGAAGUCAAUAAGUCAUUACAAAGGUGUUCUUUGUAAAUGUGGAAGAUGCAUGAAUUUGAAGUCGUCACUUUCAGUUUCAUCCUCUGCUGAGCAAGGUGGGGGCAUCUUUGUAAAAGAAUCAGCUAGGUUCAUAAUUACUGAUGAUUUAUGUGUGAUGUCCCCGUUAUCGGUGGCAAGCAAUCCUGUAUUUACAAAGCUUGGAGCCAUGAAUGAGAAUAGCACAACUGAACAACAGAAUUUGAAAAUAGGAGCUCAUGAGGUUUUCAACUUGCUUAUGCGCUCAUUAGUAUCAAAGAAACCUCUGUCUGAAACUAUACUGAAGCAUAAUCCUGUACCAAAUCCGAAUUUGAGCCUUUUAAAUCUGGAUAAACUAAUAUUGACACGUAUUGAAUCUCUACUGCUUGGAGACAUGAUGGAUGCGGAGGAAGAAGAAAAGAUUGUUGUUAAGCUUACAAUUAGCGUAUCGAAGAAUAUUGUUUGUGAUGCAGAAGCAGGGCAGGAUUUUGUUAAUUUGCUCUUCAGUUUUUUAGCUGUUCCACUUGGUUUCAUAUUAAAGCAUAUGUGGGAUGCCUCUUUCAAAGGGUGCAUUGAUGAGUUGCACAAAUGUGUCAAAGAUCUUGAUGAGCAGCACUUGAAGUCAAAUUACCACAGGGAAAUUCUACUGAGUCCUAAGAUUUAUCCUGCUUCUAACGCCCUGACACUUCCACUCAAAUUGAAGCAUGAUAAAAGUACUCAAGGGUAUUUGAAAGAAUCAACGGCGUUCAUGGUACCUUUCACUGACAUAAAGGAGGAAACUGUUGAGGUUGGCAAGAAGGAGGCGUUGCAUCUUUUGGUGGCUACUUUUCUUAGCGACUCUGCUCUAACCGAUGUCUUCAUUAGCCAGCUGAAUCAAGAGAAGUCUAUAAAGAGAGCUUGCUUAUCCAUUAAAUGA